UUUCCGUCUGCUCUGUGCAGAGGGAGUGGAGUUCCGACGGCCUGUGGCUUCUGUGGCUUCCUCUUCUGUGAAUCGCCAACAUCACGCGCUCCUCCCCAGCCACCCGUUCCUCCCCGCAGUCCUUCCCCUCCACUCCCUUCCCAUUCUCUGCUCACGCAGGGAGCCCAGGAAGCCUCCGCCUCAGAGAUGCUACCGCUGCUGCUGCUCCUGCUGUGGGCAGGGGCCCUGGCUCAGGAGCAGAGAUUCCGGCUGGAAGAACCAGAGUCGUUGACGGUGCAGGAGGGUCUGUGCGUCCUCCUACCCUGCAGAUUGCCCAAUACCUAUCCACCCUGGUACAAUUAUUAUGGCUACUGGUACUUGGAAGGGGCUGAUGUUCCAGUGGCCACAAAUGACCCACAUGAAGAAGUGCAGGAGGAGACCCGGGGCCGAUUCCACCUCCUCUGGGAUCUCAGCAGUAAGAACUGCUCCCUGAGGAUCAGAGAUGCCCGGAGGAGGGACACUGCUGUAUACUUCUUUCAGUUGAAGCAGAAAUGGCCAAAUUUUGGUUAUACAUCUUAUGUAUCUUCCAAGCUCUCUGUGUGUGUGUUGGCCCUGACCCACAGGCCCAGCAUCUCCAUCCCAGUGACCCUGGAGUCCGGCUGUUCCAGGACCCUGAACUGCUCUGUGCCCUGGGCCUGUGAGCAGGGGACGCCCCCCAUCUUCUCCUGGAUGUCAGCUGCCCCCACCUCCCUGGGCCCCAGGACCACCCAGUCCUCGGUGCUCACGAUCACCCCACGGCCCCAGGACCACAGCACCAACCUCACCUGUCAGGUGACGUUCCCUGGAGUCGGUGUGACCAUGGAGAGAACCAUCCAGCUCAAUGUCUCCUAUGCUCCACAGAAAGUGACCGUCAGUAUCUUCCAAGGAAACAGCACAGCCCUCAAAAUCCUGCAAAACACCUCGUCCCUCCCCGUCCUGGAGGGCCAGGCUCUGCGGCUGCUCUGUGAUGCUGACGGCAACCCCCCUGCGCACCUGAGCUGGUUCCGGGGCUUCCCUGCCCUGAACGCCACACCCAUCUCCAAUACCGGGGUCCUGGAGCUGUCGCAAGUAGGGUCUGCAGAAGAAGGAGGUUUCACCUGCCGCGCUCAGCACCCUCUGGGCUCCCUGCAAAUCUCUCUGAGUCUCUUUGUGCAGUGGAAACCAGAAGGCGGGGUUGGUGGUGUCCUGGGAGCAGUCUGGGGAGCUGGCACCACAGCCCUGGUUUUCCUCUGUGUUGGCUUCAUCUUCAGAGUGAAGACCAGAAGGAAGAAAGCAGCCCAGCCAGUGCAAAACAUGGACGAUGUGAAUCCCGUCAUGGUCUCAGGCUCCAGGGGUCAUCAGCACCAGUUCCAGAGAGGCAUAGUUUCAGACCACCCUGCUGAGGCUGACCCCGUCUCAGGAGAUGAGCAGGAGCUCCACUAUGCUUUCUUACGCUUCCACAAGGUGCAGCUUCAGGAACCAGAGGUCACCAACACUGAAUACUCAGAAAUCAAGAUACGCAAGUGAGGAAUUGUCCAAAGCCGUAACCUUGAUUGGAGACAACAUGGUACCUCUCAGUGUAUUGGUUACUAGGGCUGCCGCAGCAACGUACCACAGACUGAGUGAUGUAAACACAGAACUUUAUUUUCUUACAGUUUUAGAUGUUAGAGGUCUGAGAACAAGGUGUUAUCAGGGUUGGUUCCUUCUAAGGCCUCUCUUGUGUCUUCACAUGGUCUUACCUCUGAGUGUGUUUAUGUCCUAAUCUUCUCUUCUUAUAAAGACACUAGUCAUAUUGGAUUAGGGCCUCUCUAUGACCUAAUUUACAUAAAUUAACUAUUUAAAGACCCUCCAAAUACAGUAACCUUCUGAGAUAUUGAGAUUUAAGACUUCCAGCAUAUGAAUUUUAGAAGAGAACAACUUAGCCCAUAGCACUGUGUCCAGUUUUUUAAAAAAUUAAUAUUUUUGUUGUCAAUGGACUAUAUAAAUUCCUUAGUAUAUAUGGCAGAUCACAGGACUUCUGUCCAAGAGAACUGAGUUCAACUCUAUCUAUGCCAGUUACUGAGCAAGUCACUUUAUCUCCCUGCUCUGUAAGGCAGGGAAAUAAUUUCUGUCUAACCAGAUUAUUGUGAAAGGUCAAAGAAAGCAUACAGCUAACAUACAGCUUUGUCAGCUGUAAAACAGCUAACGAAGGC